AUGGGGCUCGCCUUCUUUUGCUCGGCUGGAGCUGGCAUCGCCCUCCCGCUGAUGAAUAUCGUCUUUGGCGCCCUUGUCACCGACUUCAAUGACUACUUCUUGCCCAACACGACCGUCACCAGGGAGCAGUUCAAGAGCAGCGUCAACAAGAAUGUGCUGUACAUCGUGUACCUAUUCAUCGGCAAGUUCGUGCUUAGCUAUAUAUCAAUGUUCUGUCUCCGUACGACUGGAAUCCGCAUAUCAGCUAACCUGCGGCUUGCCUACCUUCGCGCUCUGUUCAACCAGCCGGUCGGCUACAUCGAUGCCAUGCCAAUUGGACGGCCGACGGACACCAUCACCGCGUCGUCCAAUCUGAUCCAGGCUGGGAUCUCCGACAGGCUUGCCGUCCUCGUCCAGUCUGUGGCCCUCUUCAUUUCUGCAUAUGCAGUCGCCUUCACCCGCUCGUGGUCCCUGACCCUCGUCUCGAGCUCUUGUCUGCUCUUCAUCCUCCUCAUCUACUCCGUGGUCAUCCCCUUCUACCUCAAGCUGUUCAAGUCGGUCGAGGGGGCCAGUGAAAAGGCCACUGCGGUUGCUGGUGAGACCCUGAGCUCGAUCAGAACCGUCGUGGCCUGUGGUGCCGAGUCGCGUUUGAUCGAUCGACACGGUCAGCACAUCAGCGAGGCCCGGCGCAAGGGGCUCCAGCUCUCGCCCGUCGUUGGAUUUCAGCUGGGGCCUACCAACUUUGCCAUGUACUGCAACUUUGCUCUCACCUUCUGGUUCGGAGUGAGGCAGUACACUUCUGGAAACGUCUCCGGUGCUGGCCCAGUCUCAACUGUCAUCUUCUCCGUCAUCAUUGUAGUGUCCGCUGUCUCCUUUAUUGCUAACCCGAUAAUUGCACUGUCCAAAGCCAUCUCCGCGUCUGCACGUUACUUCACCGUGAUUGAUGCGCCGCCGUUGAAGACCUCGGGCGUCAAGGACAUCGACAUCUCCCAGUUUGAAGAUUUGACAUUCAAUAAUGUCACCUUCUCCUACCCCACUCGAGCCAAUGUGACCAUAUUAGAUAAUCUCUCCCUUGUUUUCCCAAUGGGCAAGGUUACUGCCCUUGUUGGCCCGUCUGGUUGCGGGAAAAGUACCAUCAUCGGGUUGCUCGAAAGAUGGUAUCAGAUCUCGAAGCAAGUAGAGGAGGCCGAGGAACCUCAGAACACGGAAAAAACGGACAAAAAGGGCAAAAAGGACAAAACGGACAAAACUGACAAAGAGCAGGCUUCAGAUGAAAAACAGGCGUCUGAAGAAGGGACUGUUAAGCCAAACAGUGGAUCAAUCAUGGUCGGCCCGCACAACGUCGACGAGCUCGACCUCAAGUGGUGGCGAUCCCAGAUUGGCUUUGUCCAGCAGGAGCCGUUCUCGUUCAACACCUCUAUUUUCAAAAAUGUCGCCUUCGGUCUUAUUGGGUCCAGAUGGGAGAACGAGAGUGAGGAGGUGAAGAGGCAGCUAGUUAAGGAGGCGUGUCAAGAAGCCUUUGCAGAUGAGUUUAUUGAUAAACUACCGGAGGCCUACGAUACCAUGAUCGGCGAGAACGGAAUCAAGCUUAGUGGCGGCCAGCGCCAGAGACUUGCCAUUGCUCGAAGCAUCAUAAAGAAGCCACUGAUCCUCAUCCUCGACGAAGCUACGAGUGCCAUCGACGUGCGUGGUGAACGCAUUGUUCAAGAUGCCCUGGAUCGAGUGUCCAAAGGCCGCACCACAAUCACUAUUGCCCACAGGCUCUCCACCAUCAAAAAGGCCGACAAAAUCAUUGUACUGCGGAAGGGCGCCGCGGUGGAAUAUGGAACCCAUGAUGAACUGCUUUCCAAGGAGGGCCUAUAUCACAGCCUAGUGCACAACCAGCAGCUGGACAUGGAAGAUGAAAAGGAAGAUUCGCAGAUUGAGCCUGGGAAAGAGACUGCUGACUUAACCAUAUCCAGAACAAAGUCUGCGGUAGCUACCGGUGCCACAGACAUCGAGCAGGGCCUUCCCGAGGAUUCAUACAAAGAACAGUCGCUCCUCAACUCGGUGGGCCUGUUAUUAUGGGAGCAACGGAAGUAUUGGGUCAUGUACGCUGGUGUCCUCGUUGGCGCUGCCGGAUGUGGAGCUGCGUAUUCUAUUCAGAGCUAUCUGUUCUCGCAACUUAUCACGGUGUUCCAACUCACAGGAUCCAGACUCAUAGAGCGAACGAACUUUUGGGCCUUGAUGUUUUUCGUCCUUGCGCUGGCAGUAUCCUUUUUUUACUUCAUCCUAGGUUGGAUGUCGAUGUCUAUAUCAACCUACAUUUCAACGACAUACCGGCAGGAAUAUUUUGACAGCAUGGUUCGGAAACCUAUAGUAUAUUUUGACAAGGACGAAAACUCUGCGGGCUCCCUGACCUCGCGGAUAUCGGCUGAUUCCACACAGCUUCAAGAACUCCUUGGCCCAACCAUGGCCUUUCCACUUAUAUCCGUCUUUAAUGUGCUGGGGUGUAUUGCCAUAUCAUUUGCGUUUGGCUGGAAGUUGACUCUUGUCGCCAUAUUCUCUGCAUUCCCCUUGAUUAUCAUUGCCAUGUUCGUUCGGGUACGAUAUGAGGUUCAGUUCGACAAGAUGAAUGCUGUGGUUUUUGAAGAAAGUUCCCAGUUUGCCUCGGAAGCCAUUGGGGCAUUCCGAACGGUUUCGUCUCUCACUCUCGAGGAUACUAUCAUAGAGAGGUAUUCCGGUUUGCUACAGCACCAUGUGCGGUCUGCGUUCCUUAAAGCGAGAGUCGCCGCACUUAUAUAUGCCGCAUCAGACAGCCUGGAGCUCCCUUGCAUGGCGCUAUGUUUCUGGUAUGGUGGCCAGCUACUGAGCACACACGAGUAUGAUGUCUUACAGUUUUUCGUGAUAUAUAUAGCGGUGGUUCUGGGUGGCCAAGCCGCAGGCCAUUUUGGGAGUGUCAGCCCGAAUUUGGCACAGGCAACAUCGGCUGCGAAUCGGAUUCUAAGUAUUCGUCCGGGACCAGAUGACGACAAUAAUAAAGAUGUAUUUGAUCCGCGCGAGGGAGGAGUAGAGAUCGAGUUUAAAUCGGUGGAUUUCAAAUACCCAUCGCGGGAUGUACCGGUGUUCAAAGACCUGUCCUUUACAGUCAGAAAGGGGCAGUUCGCCGCCCUCGUUGGCCCCUCAGGCUGCGGGAAGACGUCCGUGAUCUCGAUUCUCGAGCGGUUUUAUGGCUACCAAGAAGGCCACAUUCGCAUAAACGGUACGGAGCUUAGCUCACUUGACUUGAAGUCUUACCGUCGAACCAUGUCGUUGGUAUCUCAGGAACCAACCCUGUAUCAAGGCUCUAUCCGAGACAACGUCACCUUGGGGGUAGACCCAGAGAGUGUGACCACAGAGCAAGUGCAGCAAGUGUGCCGUGAUGCAGAGAUCCAUGACUUCAUCACCUCGCUUCCUGAAGGGUACGAUACCGAAGUAGGCCAAAAGGGCCUGGAGCUGAGCGGCGGCCAAAAACAGCGUAUAUGCAUAGCCCGGGCCCUGAUACGGAACCCCCAUCUGCUCUUGCUGGAUGAGGCGACCUCGAGUCUGGACUCCGAGUCCGAGAAGCUGGUGCAGGCCGCUAUCGAGCGGACGGCGAAGGGCAGGACGGUGCUGGUUGUCGCUCAUCGCCUCGCCACCGUACAGAAUGCCGACGUCAUCUUCGUUUUUGGCGACGGAGGCAUCGUCGAGAGCGGCAGCCACCAUAGUCUCCUCAAGAAACGAGGUGUAUAUUAUCAAAUGUGUGAAUCGCAAGCCCUCGAUAGAUAG